AUGACGAAACUGAUUGGUGCACAUCUAUCGAUCAGCAAGGGGAUUCAUACAAUCCAGGCACAAAUGGAAUUGCUUGGGCUGGACACAUGUGCAAUAUUUCUGAAGAGCCAAAGAAGAUAUCUCACGCCGCCGAUGAAGCAAGGUGCAGCAGAAAUGUUCCGAGCGCACGUCCGGCAUCCUGAGCUAAUUGUUCCCCAUGGGUCCUACCUCAUUAACUUUGGAAAUCCCGACCUGGUAGACAAGAGCAUGGAAUGUCUUGUUGAUGAUCUAGAAAGAUGCAAGUCCUUGGGAAUCGGGAUGUAUAACAUGCAUCCGGGAAGCAGUAAGGGAAAAGGUAGGGCUGAAUGCUUGAGGAGCAUCGGCCAUCACGUGAACACAGCCCUGUCAAGGGUGCAGGGAGUUACCGUGUUGAUUGAGAACAUGGCUGGGCAAGGAAGCGUAGUUGGGAGCUCUUUUGAGGAAUUGCGAGACAUCAUAGGAGGAAUCGAGGACAGGGAAAGAAUAGGAGUCUGCUUGGACACAUGCCAUUUAUUUGGAGCCGGGUUCGACAUCACGACGGAGGAGAAGUUUCUGGAGGUCAUGGAAAGAUUUGAUAGGGUGGUCGGCCUGGAGUUCCUAAAGGCCAUGCAUAUUAAUGACAGCAAGGAGGCGUUAGGAUCGAAAAAAGAUAGGCACGAAUCGAUUGGGAAAGGAAUGAUUGGGGAGAAAGCAUUCAGGUUCAUUAUGAACAGCAAGGUGUUUGACAACAUUCCGCUAAUCCUUGAGACCCCAGAUCCAGGGAAGUACAAAGAGGAGGCUGAUUUCCUAAGGAGUCUGAUCGGCAAAUGA